GGAGAGAUCCGUGUCUGUGUUUUUUUUUCCUUCCCCCACCAAAAUAUUGAGAGUUAAGAGGCCGCUGCUGCGUGCAGCGGAGAUCAGAAAGCGAGCGGUGCCAGUCGGAGGCUGAGCUGUUCCUGCUGCUGUUCCUGCCGCCGCCGCUCCACAACGACCGCCUCACUGCGGCGCUACAUCCUGGACUGGAUUUUAUCGAUUCCUCCUCGCGUUGCUCGCGUGGGUUUCUUUGGUCGACACGACCCGAGACAGCCCGCCUGCCUGCUUGAAAAAGACCCCAAGAAACCGACUCAUCUUUUUUUCUACUCGCGUUAACCUCUUUUCCUAAUAAAAGAUUGGCGUGUGGAUAUUUUUCCCCCCUUCUCUCCCCCUCCCUUAAGGACAUCUAUCCGUUUCCCUGGGAUUCUCUGACGGACUUGCAAGUUUCCUUUCCAUCCGAAAGGGUCGGCAGAGGAGGAGAAGAAGAAGGAGAGACGGGGGGUGGGGGGACCCGGCUUUUGCCAGCGAGGCUUUUCCCUCCGAUCCGAACGGGGAAGGAGCUACGCCGCCGGCCCCUCUUCAGUUGGCCCGCCGCAGCAAGCCGGCUUGACCGAAGAAGCUUUUGCUUCGUGAUCGUUGUGGGUUGUUGUCGUCGGGGUUUUUAUUUUCCUCCCCGCCUUCCGUGGUAUCGCUUGGGAAGAUGUUACUCUCCAAAUUUGGGUCCCUGGCUCAUCUUUGCAACCCGACCAGCAUGGAUCACUUGCCGGUGAAGAUCCUCCAGCCAGUGAAAGUGGAAAAGGAGCCGUUCGAUAAAAUCUAUCAAGUGGGCUCAGUCCUCGGCAGCGGGGGAUUUGGCACCGUCUAUGCUGGGAACAGGAUUGCAGAUGGCUUGCCGGUCGCUGUAAAGCAUGUCGUGAAGGAGCGAGUAACCGAAUGGGGAACAAUUGGUGGAGUAAUGGUGCCCUUGGAAAUAGUCCUGCUGAAGAAAGUGGGUUCGGGCUUCCGAGGGGUAAUUAAGCUGCUCGACUGGUACGAGAGGCCUGAUGGCUACCUGAUCAUCAUGGAACGGCCAGACCUGGUGAAGGAUCUCUUUGACUUCAUUACGGAGAAGGGGGCGCUGGAUGAGGACACCGCACGGGGCUUCUUCCAUCAAGUCCUGGAAGCAGUGCGCCACUGUUACAGCUGCGGGGUGGUACACAGAGACAUCAAGGACGAGAAUCUUCUAGUGGAUCUCAGGACAGGAGAACUGAAGCUGAUCGAUUUUGGGUCUGGAGCCAUCCUCAAGGACACAGUCUACACUGACUUUGAUGGAACACGCGUGUACAGCCCUCCAGAAUGGAUUCGCUAUCACAGAUACCAUGGGCGGUCAGCUACUGUAUGGUCCCUGGGUGUUUUGCUCUAUGACAUGGUCUGCGGGGACAUCCCUUUUGAGCAAGAUGAAGAGAUCUUGAGAGGACGCCUGUAUUUCAGGAGACGAAUUUCCCUGGAAUGCCAACAAUUGAUCAAAUGGUGCCUUUCUCUGAGGCCUUCAGACAGACCGACCCUUGAGCAAAUUUUUGACCACCCGUGGUUGCACAAAUCCGAAGUUGCGAAGUCGGAAGAUUGUGACAUAAGGUUACGGACCAUUGGCACAGACGUGUCUCGCACAAGUUCGAGCAACGAGAGCCUGUGAAAUAACGGAGGACCUUGUCAAGGGAGGGGAGCCACAAGGAGAGAAAAAGAGGGGGACAAAAAAAAGACCAGAGUGCUGCUGCUGCUGCCAAUAUGUAGAAGGGGGUGGGGGCGGGGGAGGGGGGAUGCAUUAAUUAUUCUGUACUUUGAAUCUUUGUCGGAGGGAAUUGAUUUUUUUUUAAAAAAAAUUUCCCCUUAUUGCUGGUUUCUGCUUCAGAAUGAAAUUUCCUUUGGAAACGCUAAUAUAUAGGAGUUGGCAGGCCAGUACUUAACCCAAAAGACUGACCUUAAUAUAAUUAUUAUUUUUUAUUAUUAUUUUUAUUAAGAAAAGCAGUGACCUCUUUAAAUAACAUGGUAAACCUUUUUGCUCUCAUAGAGCCUGGACUAAAUUUCAUUUGCUUUUUUGAGUGCCUUUUUGAAAGCUGCUUCAGUGGGACUUUCUUUUUUGAGCUGUGUGUGUCCAAAGAAGAUCCAGUACAUUAUAGAACCUGCCUUCCCUUCUCCAUUCUAGGUGCUGGGGAAGCAGCUCCCUAUGAUGCACUAGAAAAACAUGUCCAGUGACUGAAUGAAGUAGUCCCAUCAGCUGAUGAUGGAAUACUUGAACACAGACAUUUCAUCCUCUUCUUUCCCAGCCUUUCUCUCCUCCCUUCCGUCCCCAGACCCCAACAAAACAACCUCUGCUGAUCCACACAAUAUUUCCAUAGCCUGCACAGGUUAUCAGCUCUUUACCAGGAACAUUUACCCAUACUUCAUUUCAUCUCUACCACUGGGCACAAGAAAAAAGGCCCUUUCUCAGUUCCCCCAACCUCCAAGUCUUAAAAAAAAAAGUAUGAAUGGGCAUGUUAAAUGCACAAUCAAUGCAAUAUUCAAGGACUGUGUGCGUGUGGGUUUUUUCUUUCUUUUCCCAUUACCUGUAUAAUGUGUUUAUGUAAAAAAAUUCUCCCCCUGUACUAUACAAGUUUUAUUUAUUGUCUGGAGUUUAGAAAAACCUCUCACAGACAUCAGCUGUGGCUAUUUAUUUUAGCUAAUUUAUUUGUUUAGAAUUAUGCAACACUGCUUUUAUCUCUCUUCUGUUGUGGAGAUUUCUCUGGGAUCAGUCGACAAUUAUUUUUGCAUUCCUGUCUUUUCCUCUUUUGGGGGUAGGGGUGGGUUGUUGACAAAGAACUAUAUAAAGCCUGACCAUACCUGUUCUUUUUUUCCUUCAUUUUUGGUUGGAAGAUAGAAAAAAAAUGUUGUACAAAGUCUAAUUUAAGGGAAUUAGAAUGACUUUAAAAGUUAGUAUGCCUUUUUUGUCUGGUAUUAUUGACAUACCAGAACUGUAAAGUAAUGCUGUUUUUGAAGGGUUUUAAAUUAUUGACAUUGUACAGUCUUUGUGCAUCGGCUCUGGAAGGAAGAGUGGCAGAGUCAUAAACCUUAAUUUAUUUUAAUAGAUGUGUGUUCUGUAAUCUGGUUGCACUUAUGCAGCUUGGAUUUGGAUUUUUUUUUUCCUUCUGUUUAACAGUGUGAAAUGUAUGGAGAUCAUAUUUUUUUAUACAGGUAUUUCAAUUAAACUUUUUUGUAGAUAA